GAAGGCAGCUUAAGUUCGAAAAGUAUGGCCGCGGAGUGUUUGACAACAGUAACAGAGCAAUGGAUCCGGGACAGACUACAAUUACAUCAUCCAUGUCUCGGUGAUGUCCGCUCAUUGAGCCUCCCGGGGACCAACGAAGAGAAGAUCAGACACCUGGGACAUUCACUGAAUAACUUUGUCCGUUUAAAGUCUCUGGAUCUCUCAUGCAACGCGCUCCUGUCUGUUCAGGGUAUUCAACAUUUAAAGUUGCUGGAGAGGCUGAUUCUCUACUUUAACUUAAUUCCUUCCCUUGAGGAGGUAAAGGAACUGUUUAAGCUGCCAGCUUUGAGAGAACUUGACCUCAGGCUUAACCCUGUGACCAAACGUUACCCAAACUACCGCCCCUAUCUGGUACAUGCUAUGCCCAAUCUGCGCAAACUUGAUAGCUGUUCAGUCAGAGACACUGAGCGAAAAGCUGCAGUAAUGCAGUUCUCCUCUGAUCUUCUACCUCAGCAGAAGAGCUCUGCUUUGAAUCUGGCUGCUGACCAAAGACGAUGCAACAGGAGACUGGCUUUAGUUGACCGCUUAGCCAAGAGGCUCUCGCUCGUCACUGACACGGAUGAUAUUGUUUUGAAUUUUGUUGAGAAGGAUCAGAGAGAUCAGAGUGAAACUGGGGCCCUCUCUGCAUUUUGCGAGAAAGCAAAUGAACCCAGAGAGGAAGAAUCUAAAGAUUUUACAGGCUGGAGAAGUUCUACUCCAAUAAAGGAAAAUGCUAAAUCCAUCCUUAGGUAUCCUCCCUCAAAAUAUGAUAAAACAGAGUCCAAAGUGUCACACGUGAACCAACAGCCUCAUAAAGAAUGCUCCACCUCAUUAAACGUGAUUGAAAGACCGAAGGUGUCCUUCGGCCCGUAUGUUGAGAGACACAACCCUGCACCUGAUAAACAAAAGCAAAAGGACACCGCCAAUCAAACCAGACGUGCAGCCAGGGGACAUUUUACCCCAAACCCUGAUCAGAGUCGCCGUCAUAGCUUUUCAUUUACUAACAUCCGGCCUCCAAGUCCACGUCGACCUGGUUUGAAUCUUUCUGACCCCUCCAACCCCAUCUUACACCCCCCAAGGCUGACCUACUCCAGCUUCAGUAAAACAGAAGGGGGCUGCAGCCUGCCACAGCAGAAGGAAAAGAAACAAAGGGGUAGUUACAGGAAACCCUUAGAGAUGCUUCUCAACCUUGUGGAUAAACACUGGACUGGGGAGAAGUCGCUGCAUCAAAACAACAACUUCCUGUCUCAGGCAGUCCAGAUCCUCUCCAUGAUGGAAAACGAUAUUUCCAGUCGAGAGGCCGAGGUCAGGACCUUAAGACGGGAAGUUGAUGAGCUGAGCUUUCAAAGGGCUGCAAGAGAGGAAGAACACAAAACUGAAGUCCGUAACCUCUCAUCUCAGUUUGAGGAAGCUCGCAGUGCAGUCGGCAAACUCAAUGAGCAGCUAAGGAUCGUCUUGGAGGAAAAUGUCUCUCUGCAGAAACAGCUCAUCAAGUUAGAGCGACAAUAUCUCAAGUCUAUGAUGAAAAGUUCUCCUAUGACUCAGAUUAAAGAAGCUCAGUCAGAAGUGGAGGAGCUGAGGAAAGAGAUCGAGGGGUUGAGGCAGAAAGUGCAGGAGGCAGAAUCGGUCAAGGAAUUGUCGAACAUGCUGCAAGAAAACCACAGGUCCCUGGUGGCUACCAAUGAAUGUUUGCUAGCUGAGCUGAAGAGAAGUGGGGAUCUUUGAAGGAGACUUUGAAUGAAGAGAUGCACACCGGGAUAAAAAAAAUAUCAAAGCCCAACUACGCUGACUCACAUUAGCAUUGCAUUCGCUGCAUGAUGCCCAGCAGCUCCAGUCUGUUUUUCCUUCAUUUUUUUGUGCAUAUUAUGUCCCAAGCUAUUGUGUUUAUAGUUCAGUGAAUAUUAUCUUGAAAAACCGUUGCUUUGGUUUGUGUAAAGGAGUGUCAAAGGUCUCUUAUUUUAAUAGGUUAAUUGGGGGACAUAUUAGCAAGACGGUUGUAAUUUAUUUUCUGGAUCAGUGAAAAGGUUGUACCUCUAUGCCAUUUCCCCCCAUUUUUUUUUAGGUCACUCGUGUCUCCAUCUGCUUUGUACGCUGUAGUGGAAUGAAUGCAUCCAGACUCCAGCUGCACUGACUUUAUUUAUACCUCAGCCUUAGGGCCAGAGAGCUGCAUGCUUUCCUCUCACAAACACUAAUGUAAGCCAUGGAAAAAGCAGGUUAGAGCAUGUAUGUUUCUACAUAAACCCAAUGUGGCUUUUUACUUUGAUGUGACUGUUACAGGUCACUGGUUGGUGCUACUGCUUACUUGUACGCAAAUGUGCUGCAUUCCUGAAAAAGACAAUGAGAAUGUAAAACAUUGUGUUUGGACUUGACACCCUGUGACCUACUCAGCAGAGGUCCUUAGGUGUGUGUUUUAUUUUCAAUAAUGCACUACAAAUCAUGAGCAUACAUUAAGAGGUCUAAAGAACAAGAACAAAACACUGCAUGCACUGGGGCACAAUAUUACAUUAAAGGUUAUUUAAAAACAAAAUAAGUCAUUAUUGUUCCUCCACAUGAAAGGUGCACAGUAUUUGGCAUUAAGCACAGAAAACAGGUCAUACUCGAACCACUGCAGCAGACGGGGAAAAAAAAACAC